AUGAGCUGAAGAGGUGAAGAUGGUAGCCUAAAACGCAGCGUUUAGUACUUUACUCAGUUAGCUUCAAAACGCAGCGUUUUUAGAAUUUUAUUUAGUUUUUAUUCACCAGUUAACGUAAAACGCAGCGUUUAGGACUUUAUUCAUUCAUCGGUUAAGUUAAAACGCUGCGUUUUGAGACUGGAAGCCCUAGGGUUUAUUCUCCACUAUAUAAAUAUGAGUUUAUUGUUACUUGGGCCACUCUCUGCAUUUAGGUUUUCAUUUUCAGCGGCGGACGAAAGAGAAGGAGAAGAAGCUCCAACCAUGGCGACUCAAGCGGCUAAACAAUCCGUGCAAUGCUUCGGGCGUAAGAAGACAGCAGUGGCUGUUACCCACUGCAAGCCUGGAUGCGGUAUGAUCAAGCUCAACGGCUCCCCGAUCGAGCUGUUCAACCCAGAGAUCCUCCGUUUCAAGAUCUUCGAGCCUGUCCUCCUCCUCGGCAAGCACCGUUUCGCUGGCGUCGACAUGAGGAUCCGCGUCAAGGGUGGUGGUCACACUUCCCAGGUCUACGCUAUCCGUCAGAGUAUCGCCAAGGCGCUCGUGGCGUUCUACCAGAAGUACGUGGACGAGCAGUCGAAGAAGGAGGUGAAGGAUAUCCUUAUCCGUUACGAUAGGACUCUCCUUGUGGCGGAUCCGAGGAGGUGCGAGCCGAAGAAGUUUGGUGGUCGUGGUGCUCGUUCCCGUUUCCAGAAGAGUUACCGUUAAUUGCUGGUUUGUUUUGUUUCGGUUUCGGAUCGUUGCAAGGUUUCAUUUUCAGACUUCAUGUUUUGUUUGGAUAUCUAAGAACUUAUUAUGUUUUGCUAUGUUUACGUGUUUGGUAUCGGAAAGUUUUAAUAUUUAUCACUUUAUAUUUA